AUGGACAAAUUCGCUGCGCUCGGUAAGAACGUGAGUUCCGCCUGGAAUUCGACGGUCACACCAUUUGCGCAACGAUCGAUUCACUCCGUUAAGGAACAACUUGGACAGACUGGAGAAAAGACACAACUUCCUCCGGAGUAUGUCGAAUUGGAAAAGAGGGUGGACGCACUGAAAGAAGUACAUCAGAAGCUAUUGGCUGUCACGAGUCAAUACUCAAAUGAGGCCUACGACUACCCGCCCAAUAUUCGAGAGUCCUUCACCGAUCUAGGAAGAAGUAUUACCGACAAAGUAUCACUACUAUCGAAAGCAUCAAGUCCAGCAGAAGCUCAAGCAGCAUUCACAGCGCCUCCUUCGGCCAAACCACAACCCAAGACAUUCAACCAUGCUAUUGCUAGAGCUUCACUAGCGAGCUCGCAACUUCUUCAACACUCCUCACCUGUUGGUCAGUCGCCAGAGGAUCCUCUUGCAAGUGCAUUAGAGAAAUAUGCUCUAGCAGAAGAGAAAGUUGGAGAAGCCAGGCUAGCGCAAGACCACCAGAUUCAGUCACGCUUCUUGACAGGAUGGAAGACCACAAUGAACACAAACAUUGAUUUUGCUACAAAGGCACGUCGCUCUGUUGAGAACAGCCGUCUCACUCUGGACGCUACCAAAGCUACGAAGAGGAGUCAGCUUCAGGCUAAAGGACUCAACCCUGAUGACGAGAGUGCCUUAAGCGAAGAAGCACGUGCAGAGAUUGAGGCUAAGGAGGAUGAAUUCGUUUCACAAGUUGAAGAAGCACAAGGCGUCAUGAAAAAUGUCCUGGAUACUCCUGAACCCCUACGCAACUUGGCUGACUUAAUCGCUGCCCAACUCGAAUAUCACAAGAAGUCCUACGAGAUCCUAUCGGAGCUUGCCCCAUACAUUGAUCAGUUGCAGGUCGACCAGGAGGCUCAAUACCGGCAGAGUCGUGAAGGUGCUUGA